CAUGGACCAAAGAUGGAGCAGCAAACUUCUCUGGCUCUAUUAGAGCAAUUAGUUUAUAUCGAUACUUUUGUUAAUAAUUCAAAUGAACAUUCGCCAUUUGGAGAACAACCUUCGAAUCAAUUAAACGAUUUGACCACUCCCAACUUGGAUAUGGAUGGACAAUUGUCAUUGGAUUUGGCGGCGUUUGCCGAUGAAAGCUUUAUUUUCCCGGAUGAAGAUAAAAAGGAACCCAAAGAUGAAGAAAAAGAAGAAGAGAAACUAUCGGAAGGUAAAAAAAUUGAAAAACAAAAACCAGUUUACGGUAAGAAAGAAAAGGACGAAACCAUCUUCAAUCCAAAUAUAAAUAUGUCAAACUUGUCAACCUUACCCAAGUUUCCAGUACCCCCAGGGGCUAGAGAUUCAUUAAAACUGGCGGGAUUAUCACAAAAACAAAUUGAUUUACUAAGUGCUUUAAUUGCCCAACAUCAAACUUCUUUAGGUAACUACAUACCUAGUGUACCACAACUUGCUUCUCAAAACACUCAGCCGGUAAGACAACAUAAUCAACUUGAAAUCUCCAAUGAAACAUCUUCGAUAUCUUCAUCGUCGAGUCCUGGUUCAAUAACGUCUUCUUCCACUAACCGAACUCAAAACCCAGAAAUGGAUAAACGCCGUAGAAACACUGCCGCCAGUGCCCGGUUCAGAAUCAAGAAGAAAUUGAAGGAGAAACAAAUGGAGUACGAAAUUAACGAAUUAAACGACUUGGUUAAAAAUUUUGAAAAUAAAAUCGAGUUAUUAGAAAUGGAAAAUAAACUAUUGAAAAAUUUGAUUAUUGAAAAGGGAAGUCAAAAAAAUGAAGACGAAUUGAGGCUUUUAAAAGAACGUGCUAAACACUCGUAG